AAGUGUCAACCAACUAAAAGAAAACAUCAUUCAGAAAGCAUAUAAAAAAGUGUAGACGAAAUACUUAUUCGUACGUUUCAUCAACAAAAUAUCUAAUGGAACAAGCACAAGCUCAUUAAGCUAAGUCUCGGAAAAACAAAAAUUAAAUGUAACGAGAAGUGCCAUAGUGUAAAUUAAAUAAUUUUUCGGUUACGUGAAGCAAUUAUACUGUUAAACAUUACAUUCCAACAUUGGCGGAACAGAUUUUGCAUUAAAGCUAUGGAAUCGUCGCGAUAUUUUGUACAAGUAAUCGUGUCGAUGAUUUUCCUGACCAAUUGUUCGCAAGCAUUUGGAUUUAACAUUGAUGACAAUUGCCCCAGAAUUUUUCAUCAAGUGUUCAAUGGCUAUGCACCGCUUGGCAACAUAAACGCUGGAAAUUUCUCGGAAUAUCCAAAAAUUACGACAUUACUGCCCUGCAUUGCAAGCUGCUGUCAACAUAAUACAUGCAAUGUAGCAUUUAUUUUCAAUGAAACUUGCUAUCAAGUGCAGUGCUCCAGCAACGAUCUAUGCAUGCCAGCACGAAAGCUAAAUGUCACGACGAAAUUGCAAAUGGUCUUAGUGAAUCCGGUAACAGAUGGUGACUCGUGGAUGGACGUGUUAAAGGCCCAUGACUUCGAUGAUAUUCAAUUGGAGAAUCGAGUGAACCCACCGUAUUUCGAUAAAAUGAACUUGGCUGAUGCUCUUUAUGGUAGCAAUUACUUUGAGGGCUAUCCACCGUCCGGUCAGUAUGUUGAUGAUGGCGAUCUGCAAAUGGAUGAAUCUAAAAUUUACUCGGAAAUGGCACCCUGCCAAAUGGGACUAAAAAUGUGUCCAGUGAAUGAAAAAUGUGUGCAAUUGAUACCCCAAUCGAGGCAGGGAGUCUGCAAUUGCAUUCAAGGCUACGAACGAGAUGAGCGAGGUGUUUGCGUUAGUCUGAAGUUGGCAGAAAAUCUGAUUAUAAAAGAUUUGAACGGUGAAAGUGAGUCGGGAUCUGUGACGAAGUCGGAUUCAAGUGAAAAACCGUCCACAAACAAGUUGGUUGUAUCUGUGGUGUCGAAGACAGUGAGAUUGCCGGAAAAGGAAGCUACCCUGAUUGCGUACACAGUUCCGGAUGAACAGGCCAGCGGUGAUACGUAUAAAUAUCUAUGGUCACUGAUUACGCAGCCAAGUGAUGCAGUUAAUGGAACGAUGUCAGAUCAGACUAAAGACAAAAUUUUACUGUCCAAUCUAUCGGAGGGACUAUAUCGAUUUAAAGUGGUUGUUACCGGAAGUAUGCUGAAAGGAGAAGCUUAUGCGAAUGUAACUGUUCUGCCGGAGAAACGGAUUAACACUCCACCGCAAGUGAUCAUAACACCGCAACAGCAAACUUUAAAAUUGCCCACAAGCAAAGCUAUAUUGGAUGGUAGCACUUCCAAGGACGAUGACCAAAUCGUUAACUGGCACUGGGACUUGAUAUCUGGACCGAUUGGCUAUGAGCCGACAUUACCGGAAACUAGCACAUUACAAUUAUCCGAUCUAACUAGUCCCGGAAAUUAUACUUUCCGGCUAACUGUGACCGAUUCUGACAAAGCAAAAAAUUCAACAACAGCCACAAUUUCGUUGUUAAAGGCCAGCGAUUAUCCACCAGAAGCUAAUGCGGGCGCUGACGUCAUACUGUACUUGCCACACAAUAAUGUAACGCUAAACGGUUCUCAGAGCACAGAUGAUAGGGAAAUUGUCGCGUGGGAAUGGACCAAAGAUGCUAGCGAUGUGUCCAAAGCGGUUGACAUGCAAAAUACACGCACUCCAUAUUUGGAGCUGUCCAAUCUUGAGGAGGGAAUUUACGCAUUUGAACUGAAAGUAACCGAUGCUAGUAACCAGUCGAGUACCGCCAAAGUGCACGUUUUUGUCAAAGCACCAACCAAUUUACCGCCGGUCGCAAAUGCUGGACAAAAUUCCACCAUCAAUUUGCCUCAGACGUGGGCCGUUUUGAAUGGCUCACAGUCAACGGAUGACAUCAAAAUCAUUCAAUAUCUUUGGAAGCUGGUGUCUGGUCCGACAGUGGUAACCAUAUUGAAUUCAAAUGCAUCCAUUGCCAAUGCCACAGGCAUGACCAUCGGAAGCUAUUCGUUUGAAUUAAGCGUGAUCGACGAAAACAAGAACAACGCAAGUGAUAAAGUGACAGUGACCGUUAUUCAAGAAAAGAACGCGCCACCAGUCAGCAAUGCCGGUGGUGAUCAGAGUUUAACACUUCCAAUAAGUGCAAUUUACCUAAAUGGUACAAAGUCUAGCGAUGAUUUGGGUAUCGUUCGGUAUACAUGGACUCGAGAUGGAAAUAGUUUAGCCAUCGGAAACGUUGUGGGAAACACGAGCUCCGAAGCUGUGCUAAUUAUUGUAGACGUUGUACCGGGUCGUUAUGUAUUUACACUUACAGUGGCGGAUGCUCAAGGGUUGACCAGUAGCGACACAGUCAGUAUAAUUGUUCAUCCGGAUCCGAUGGUCAUGAACAUGGUAGAAUUGACUUUAACCAUGGGUGUGUCAGUGUUGACACAACAAGAAAUUGAUUCGAUUCGCUCGAAAUUGAUGCUGUUGCUGGGUGACAAUACGAAGCUUCAUAUGAGGGAUCUGAAAAUGGAACAGAAAACUGGUGAAGCAGUUCUGGUGUUUUUCGUUGAACAAACGUCGGCCAACAGCGAAAAGAUUAUCAUGCCCGGACUGGAGGUGGAAAAAUUAUUGACCGACAGAUUUUGGAGAGACAGCAGCAUUCUAGGAACAUCAAUAUCUGAUGUUCGAACUAUGUUCUGCCAGAACAAGUGCUCUGGCCAUGGAGUGUGUAAUUCGGAAACGCGAGCGUGUAUGUGCGAUACAUUUUGGAUGCCCGACGUAUUCUAUUUUUGGGGAAUCGGUCCAGCCAAUUGUGAUUGGUCCAUCCUGUACGUCGUCAUAGGCGUGUUUCUCGGUUUUCUAUCCAUAUCUGGUUGUUGUUGGGGGCUGACCUGCAUGUGUAGACGAUCGAAGAAGCCAAGAACUCGAACGAAACCUCAGAAGUAUGCCCUGCUAGGCACACAAGAUGAUGAGAUUCCUUCGCUGACACGAGGAACAUCUCUAUCCGACUCGGAAACAGAUUCGGAUGUACUGUUUGAAAGUCGUUCCAAAUCGAAUGGUAUUUUACGCUCAAAUGGUUCGGUUAAAAAUGGCCAGUCCAAAUAUUCGGUAACGCGACUGGGGCGACGCAUUAAAACUUAAAUUUAUUUAAUAUUAUCCACACUAUUACGGCUGUUGAUCAAUCGGAUUGUAGGUUUUUAUUGCAAAAAAU